AUGGCCAAAACAGAGGUUUUGGGCAAGAAUCACAGUGGAAAUGCAAGCAAAAGAGGGUCUUCAAGCAGAAAAAAGAAUAGCAAAAUAAAGAAAUGGAGGAGAGAAUACAUUUCUUAUUUUGCCAAAAUGAGAGGGAGUAGUAGUUCAAGAAACUCAGGGGAAAGCCAUGAAGGAGGAGGGUUAAAGGUGGGCGAAAGAGAAAGAGUUAUGGAGCUUCUAAGCAAAUUCAGGGAAAUAUGCAAGAAUCUUUUGCAGGAAAACAACACCCAGAGAGAAAGAAAGGCUAUUUCUGAAUCUGUGAUAAGGAGAAUCGAUUUCUUAGCAGCAAGAGAGGUGAAGAAGAUGAGAUCUCUAUACAUACAGAGAACAAAUUCCCCAGGCCCAGUUCCAGGAGUGGAAGUGGGGGACAAAUUUCUUUACAGGAUGGAGCUCAACCUGGUAGGCCUGCACACUCAUAUACAGAAAGGGAUAGAUUUCGUGUGCAAUGGCGCCGGGGAAAGAAUCGCGACGAGCGUAGUGGCCUCGCCCUCGGGAGGGUAUGCCAACGAAACAAGCGACCCAAAUGUGCUCAUUUAUUGUGGACAGGGCGGGGACAUGGUUUCUGGGAUUCAACAUGAGGAUCAGAGCCUGAAUAACCCUGGAAACUAUGCACUGAAAAACAGCAUUAGAUUGAAGAAUCCUGUGAGGGUAAUCCGAGGCACCAAAGAAAAGAAAUCUUGUGUUUCUAGAGAAGAUGCAACAACGUUUGUGUAUGAUGGGCUGUACGAGGUUGUGGGAUUGUGGAGAGACACCAGCUGCAAUGGGAAGUUGUUGUACAAGUUUAAGAUGGUGAGGAUUACUCAAUAA